UUCUGUAGGUUUCCCUCAGAACUGCAAGACGCCGAUAUUGCGUUACAUUGUAGCAAAAUGGCGGCUGUCAUUCAGAAUCCACUAAAAGCACUGGGAGACCAGUUCUAUAAGGAGGCCAUUGAGCAAUGCCGCAGCUACAAUGCCCGCCUAUGCGCCGAGCGCAGCGUCCGCCUUCCAUUCCUCGACUCCCAGACUGGAGUGGCCCAGAACAACUGCUACAUCUGGAUGGAGCGCCACCACCGGAGCCCUGGGGUUAGGGCAGGACAAAUGUACACGUACCCCGCCCGCUGCUGGAGGAAGAAGAGACGGCUGCACAACUCCACAGACCCUGGUCUGGGCAUCUACGGCCUGCAUCUGGGCGGUGGCCUGAUGUCCAAGGACUCACUGCCCACUCAGAGCACCACACUGGAGGCUCUGCUGCGAGGGGAGGGCCUGGAGAGGAGGAACAACGCUAAGAAUGAUGAGGAGAGUCUGCUCGAGAUCCAGCGGGUUUUGGAGGCAGAUGCUGCUGAAGACGCUUUUGACGAUGAUGAAGACUUCGAGGUGGACACUCCCAAGAGGCGACACCGGGGCAAAGGAAGGGGCCGGGGCUCGGGUCGCAGGAGGGCAGACUACGAUGAUGACAAGCCAUAUGUCUGUGAUAGCAGAUACAAACCACGGCAAAACUCCAAAUCUACACCCACAGUGUGUGCAAAGCGCUACAGAAACCGCACAGGUCUAAGCUACCACUACACCCAUUCCCAUAUGGCAGAGGAGGAGCGGCCUGGAGAGAGGAGCACAGUUGUAACAAGAGCUCCUUCUAUACCGCAGAAUGACAGGCAAAAACGCCCAAAAGGUCAAGCUGGAGCAAACAUUCCCAACAACUACUGUACUAAAUGCCAUGGUUCAAAGAAAACGGGUAAAUCUGGCACUCCCUGCACAGCCUGCCAGCGCACAGACCGUGGGGAGGAGAAGGAGGACGGAGUGUUCACUGGAGCUGAGGAGCUGUUUGGCACCACCUCAGAGAGCGACACGUCAACGUUUCACGGCUUUGAGGACGAAGAUCUGGAGGAGCCCUCGGCCAACAGCAACGGCAUCUCCAGCCGUCACAGAUAGAGUCCCUUUAAUAGCAAAAGACCCUUUUAACUUAAUGGAUUAACCUCUGGCAAAAAUCUGCUGCUUCUUUUUAUUUCAAUGUUUUAUUUGUUUAUUUGCGGAAAGCACAAAGUGAGAAUUUCAGGAAGUUAAUGCAAGUGGUAUUUUAUCUACUGAACACUUUGAGUAAUUUAUGAAUUUCCCUUUUUAUAUAUAAAAUAUAAAUAUAUAUAAAUAACUUCUAAAAUGGUGAAGGAUUUGACAAUGACCUCGAGCUGACAGAAGCUGUUGGAUUUUCCUGUCACUGGAGCAAAAGGAUUCUACAUAAAGAACAGAAACACUGGAGAUAUUAUUGUUUUUUUAUGAAAGGACUGAUACAUUGGAAGCUUAAAUGUCAGCGCAGACUGGACUUAAGCUGCGUGAUGUUUGUGAAGUAUUUGUCCAUUUAGGACUAUUUUUCUGCUCUUAGUCUGGACUAAACUUGUGUACUCAUGAAGGAACCAAGGAAAUGUAUAAUCAAGGCCCUUAACAUAUGUGGAUGAAGAUUAAUUAAAUGCCUCAAGUAAUUUUUGAAUGUUGGGCACAGAAAGGAGGCACAUUGGCUUUAUAUGAACAGUGAAGUAGAGGACUUGACCUCAGAACUAAUGAGCCUUCAUGUCCCUCCUUGGGCCUACUAUAACUGACAGACUCGGUGGAAAGGCAUCCACUACUCGUAAAAGCCAUGCGGCUUAAUUGCAGCAACCGUUCCCCAGACAUUAUGUAUUGAUCACUUGUGAACAUUUGAUAUGUGAAUAGCUCCAGUGUUUCAUCGCUGGUGCUCUGUGCUGGAGGCUGGAGCCCUUUCUGAGCUUUGGGAACACUAAAGGCCAGGCCUUUGCCUGUUUGUGGCCAAAGGGUGUAAAGGACCCCGGGGUCUGCCCGGCUCUCUCCUGCUGUGUGAUCUGAUGUGACACUACGACGUCAUUCUCCUCAUCACUGUGCCAGGCUACAGCUCUGCACUGCUCUGCACCAGGACCAGCUCUGACAGCCUGGAGCCUCCAGCCAGAUUGACCCUCUGACCCAGCCAUAGAGAUGGUGCUCUACUCCACCACCCGAACACCUCUGGACUACUGUGUGAGAGCUACAUAACGCUUCUCUGGGCUUUUGGCUUUCUUCAAGUUCAUUCUGCUUUGAAUGAAUUGCAGUAAUUAAAUAUUUUUGCUUCUUUUUCUGUUGUAUAAUAUUUCCAUGUUCUGAACAGUUUGAGUUGAACCAUGUUUUCUUCUACUGUGGAUACCUCUGUCCUGAUCAGGUGCACAAUAGCCUCAACUACUCAGGCGUCUUUGAUUUCCUCUGCUGUUGAUUGUUUUGCCUCCAAGUCGUGUGAUUGUAUCGAGUCAGCUUCCAGGACCACAGACAUCACCCAGGAUCCUAGUACAAUGAACCCUCAGAUUACCUGGGCUUUGCAGCCUCAAAUUAAAGAAUAAAACCUCUGCAAUAAAAUGCUUCUGCUUCAUCAGCCAUGUAAACCUCUGCUCUCCCUACUGUUCAAACUACUGUGGCAGUGGACUGUGAAGUGGAAUUCAUCUCACACAGACUGGGUUUUAGACAUGUGUCUGAUCAGAUGUUCAUUGUAAAGACAAGUUACUGUUGAAUUUCAGCUGAGUGCUUUAGCAGUUCUAAAUACAUUCUGACUUCUCCACAGUUCUUAAGGUUACGCAGGCGAGUGAAGAUGUCUGUAUCCCUCACUACUGCUGCAAUGUAAUAAUAGACAUCCUGAACCAUAUCAGGAGUCGCAUGUGCAUCCAGAACCAUCUGUCCUGUUCCCCCCUCAGGGACCCUCAACACAGUAGUGCAUCUCUAUGGGGCAUAGGGGUGGGCGAUAUGACAAAUCUUAACAUGAGAUAUGAGAUAGACCAUCAUUUUGAUCUCAUCACGAUUCGUGUGGUUUGUAACUUUUUUAUCUGCCUUUAAAGGGCAACUCAAGCCAUCAUCUACUUCUGAGUGUUCAUGCUUCACUGUAAUUGAUUAAAUCCACCUGUCUCAUUGCAUGGUUAGGCUGACCAAUAGGAGGAGUGGGUGGAGAGAAGUUCUGUCUUUGAUUGCAUUUGUUUAACACAAUUCUAAGCUAAAUCACAAUAUGACAUAUUGUCAAAGAAGCAAAUUACAAUUAACUUUAUUGCCAUUUCGCUCACCCCUAAUGGGACAUAGAACGGAUGUUCGCAGCUUCCUCCUCUUCUGUGUAAAAGUAUGUCUUAUUCUUCCAGUGUCAUGUCAGACAGUGCAAGCAUGUGUCAUAGUUGUACCUUAAUCAACAAUAUACAAACAUGGGCCCAGCAUGGUGGUGCAAAUCUGAACAAAAGCAAUGGUCAGUGUGUCCACUCCGGCGUCUACCAUCAUCGAAUAGCCUGUAUACCUCGUCCAAGACACAGCAAUAGGCCCUGAUGCUCCCGGGUGACAGGGAGAGUCUGGGUAGGAACGGAGCCAAGAGGAGAUGACUGGGUUUGAUCCUCAGCUGUAAAUAUGUUGAAAUGAAGAGAAUGAAGAAGUCUUUGUUUGUUAAACUAUUUUUAUUGUUCUGAGAAAAUAAAAACAAAAACAUGGA